AUGGGCGACCACCACCACCCGCGGGCCCGCCCCGCCGCCGGCGACCUGCGCCCGCCGGAGCCGCCGCUCGACCCGCUCGAGUUCCUCUCCCGCUCCUGGAGCGCCUCCGCCGUCGACGUGCCCCGCCCGCGCCCGCCGUCGCCGGCGCCGCUCCUCGCCGCGCCCAUCGCCGAGGACCCCGCCUGCUGCGAGCUCGACGACGGCGCGGCCACGGCCGGCAGCUCCUUCUCCUUCGCCUCCGCCGCCACCUCGCAGUUCAUCAUGGAGCGGAUCCUGGCGCAGUCGGUGAGCCCUCCUCCCUUUGCAGAAGCAAAAGAAGUGGCGCCCCUCACAACCGGACGGCUCUCCCACAGCAGCGGCCCGCUCAACGGCGGCGGCUCGCUCACCGACAGCCCGCCGGUCUCGCCGGAGAUUGACGACUCGCAGUACUGCAGGGCGGGCACGCCGAAGCCACAGGCGUACCGAGGAGGCAGCAAGACGGUCGGCCGGUGGCUCAAGGACAGGAAGGAGAAGAAGAAAGAGGAGACGCGAGCGCACAACGCGCAGGUCCAUGCCGCUGUUUCGGUCGCGGCGGUGGCUGCUGCGGUUGCGGCCGUUGCUGCUGCCACCGCUGCGGCCUCAAGCACCGGCAAGGAUGAUCGCGCGGCCCGCACCGACAUGGCCAUGGCCUCCGCGGCGACGCUCGUGGCCGCGCAAUGCGUCGAGGCCGCGGAGUCCUUGGGGGCCGAGCGCGAGCAUUUGGAGGCGGUUGUUAGCUCGGCGGUGAAUGUCAGGACGCCUGGCGACAUCGUCACGGUCACAGCUGCUGCUGCUACUGCAUUGAGAGGUGCAGCCACAUUGAGGGCGAGGGCUCUGAAGGAGGUGUGGAACAUAGCGGCGGUGAUCCCGGUCGAGAAGGGGACGAUGGGAGGAGGAGGUGCAGGAGGAGGGCACCAUCACAAGCAGAUUGUGCAAAAGCAGCAGCAUCGCAAGCUGGAGAGCAACGGCAGCAGCAUCAGCGAUCUUUCGCUAGAGGAGGAGAACAACUUCCUGGGCGCGUGCAGCCAAGAACUUCUUGUUCGCGGCACCGAGCUCCUUAAACGCACGCGGAAAGGCGCACUGCAUUGGAAGGUCGUAUCAGUGUACAUCAACCGAAUGGGCCUGGUCUCUCUGAAAAUGAAGAGCCGGCAUGUCGCAGGGACAAUCACCAAGAAGAAGAAAGGUGUGGUGAUCGACGUGUGCAAGGACGUGGCGGCGUGGCCCGGGCGGCACCUGCUGGAGGACGGCGAGCACCGGCGCUACUUCGGGCUGAGGACGGCGGACCACCGGGUGAUCGAGUUCGAGUGCACCAGCCAGAGGGAGUAUGAGCUGUGGACCAAGGGCGUGGCCCGCCUCCUCAGCAUCGCCGGCGAGCGGAAGCGUCCCCUGUGA